GUAGCAGUGUUUAUUCGUGCGUGUGUAACAUUUGAAAGCCCCAAUUAAGAUCUCCGACUUAAGCUGAUUGGUUAGCUGUAGUUAAAAUACAGCCAAACCGACGAUUAGCGUGUUUAGUAAAUUAGCACUUCGCCUUUUCCACGUUCAGCUGGUCAGUCAAAUAGUUAGCUAAACUAGCAGCUAGCCCAGCAGCUGGUAGCUAUGGCUGCAGUUAUCCUGAGUUUCCCCACUCUGCAGGGUCUGAGAAUAUUUACACAAAAAUUAUCAUGGACCAAAAGAGGCGUGAGGUUCGUGUCAGGAGGGGUGGGAAGGAUAGAGAAAGUGUUGAUUGCCAAUCGAGGAGAGAUUGCAUGUCGCGUGAUGCGUACAGCCAAGAAGAUGGGCAUCCGCUCUGUGGCGGUGUACAGUGAUGCAGACAGACACUCCAUGCAUGUGGCCAUGGCAGAUGAAGCCUACCACAUCGGCCCUCCGCCCUCCCAGCAGAGUUACCUCUCUAUGGAGAAGGUUUUGGAAGUGGCCAAGAAGUCUGGAUCACAUGCGGUCCACCCUGGCUAUGGCUUUCUAUCUGAAAACACCGAGUUUGCAGAGGCGUGUAAACAGGAAGGCAUCAUCUUCAUUGGGCCACCUUCCUCUGCCAUUCGAGAUAUGGGCAUUAAGAGCACAUCCAAACACAUCAUGUCAGCUGCUGGGGUGCCAAUUAUUGGUGGUUACCAUGGAGAGGACCAAUCAAAUGAAAGGCUGCAAGCAGAGGCUGCUCGGAUUGGAUACCCUGUGAUGAUUAAAGCAGUCCGUGGAGGAGGAGGAAAGGGGAUGCGUAUUGCACGCUCAGACUCAGACUUCUUAGAGCAGUUGGAGUCGGCGAGACGAGAAGCCAGAAAAUCCUUCAACGAUGAUGUCAUGCUGGUUGAGAAGUUUGUAGAGGACCCCAGACACGUGGAGGUUCAGGUGUUCGGAGACAUGCACGGUAACGCUGUCUAUCUGUUUGAGAGAGACUGCAGUGUCCAAAGGAGACAUCAGAAGAUCAUAGAGGAAGCACCAGGGCCUGGUAUUAGUCCUGAGGUUCGCAGGAAACUUGGAGAAGCAGCAGUUAAAGCAGCCAAGGCUGUCAACUAUGUAGGGGCAGGUACGGUUGAGUUUAUAAUGGAUGCCCAUCAUAACUUCUACUUUAUGGAGAUGAACACCAGGCUGCAGGUGGAACAUCCCGUCUCGGAGAUGAUCACUGCAACCGACCUGGUGGAGUGGCAGCUCAGGGUGGCAGCAGGGGAGCGCCUGCCUCUCCUCCAGGAUGACAUCAUCUUAGGGGGGCACUCAUUCGAGGCUCGUAUCUACGCCGAGGACCCAAACAACGACUUUCUUCCAGGGGCGGGGCCUCUGCUGCAUCUCUCCACCCCUCCACCAGACCAACACACACGCAUAGAGACUGGAGUCAGGGAAGGGGAUGAGGUGUCAGCACAUUAUGAUCCAAUGAUUGCCAAGCUUGUGGUGUGGGGAGAGGACCGAUCAGCUGCCUUAAAGAAACUGCGAUACUGCUUACGACAAUAUAAUAUCGUGGGACUGAACACUAACAUAGACUUUUUGCUGAGUCUUUCCGGCCACCCAGAAUUCGAGGCUGGAAAUGUGACCACAAGCUUCAUCCCCCAGCACUACGCUGACCUCUUCCCUACUCCGAGAGCUCCCUCUGGGGCCACGAUCUGCCAGGCGGCCCUGGGUCUGGUGCUGCAGGAGAAGAAAGACACACAGGAGUUCACACAAGCCUCCACCGACCCCUUCUCCCCAUUUGGCUCUAGCAGUGGCUGGAGGAACAACAUUCAGUUUAACAGAAAUAUGACACUACAGCUGGGAGACAAAAAAGUCGAUGUGGUCAUCAAGUACAACAAAGAUGGAAGCUACAGCAUGCAGGUUGGCGAGGAGGUGUACCAUGUGACUGGAGAGGUAGAGGUUGAGGGUGGAGCUUUGUUCCUGCACUGUUCUGUCAACGGAGUGAAGUCCCGCCCCAAACUGGUGAUCCUGGACAACACGGUCCACCUGUUCUCCACGGAGGGAAGCUCCCAGGUGUCUGUUCCAGUGCCCAAGUAUCUGGCUGGUGUGAGCGGCUCCGGGGCCCAGGGUGGAGCUGUGGCCCCCAUGACUGGAACUAUAGAGAAGGUGCUGGUGAAGGCCGGCGAUAAAGUGACUGCAGGAGACCCGCUGAUGGUCAUGAUCGCCAUGAAGAUGGAGCACACGAUCCGUGCGCCCAAGUCAGGUGUGAUCAAGAAGGUUUUCUUCAGCGAGGGCUCUCAGGCCAAUCGGCACGCUCCUCUGGUAGAGCUGCAGGAGGAGGGGGAGGAUAACGGGGACGGCGGCAGCCAGUAAAUGCAUCCGAACACACAUAUAAGCAACCGCAAAUACACAGGGACAGGUAGGAGAGAGAGGCGGAACUAGUUACUGUGACAACCGGAGCAUCCAGCAUUAGAUAAAUGUUUCUUAAAGUGCAAGUCAGGACCUGAAUCAUCUGUUUGGGAGCGAGCCUGGUUCAGUCUGGAAUAGAUGAGACGAAUACUAAAAACAAAAACAGCUAGUGACAUUAAAUGUUCCCUGGUUGAACUUGAGUCAGUGGGUAAACACCACAGAGAUCUGUACUGUACAGUUGCCUUUCACACAACAGAGUGUUGCCUUCAUGUUGACUGUAUUGUCUUUUUCGGCUUUUCUUUCUUGUGUUUAUAUUUUUUUCUGUUAUAAGCGAAUCAGGCUUCUCUUCCUCUUUUUCUUUUUCUCCAAGUCUCUCCUCUAUUGUGUUGGUUUCUGUCAGUGGUGUCGUGUUUCUUGAGGAUUUUGGGGGAGUCCUGUCCUUUUGUUCACUUCAGCUAAAUGCACUUGGAUGACGUAGAUUGCUGAGUCUCCUUUCUAUGCACACUGUGCGCACUUCUUUACAUGGACACAGAGACAAAAUGUUCAAAGAUGUUGAAGCAGAUUAGAGGCAGAAGAUAUCAAGUAGGUGAGGAAUUUGCCAAAAAAACAAACUGGCAGCAAUUAUACUCAAGUGUAUUAGAAGUUACUGAUAACUGUGGGAAAAUAUGUCUCAUUUACAUGACUUUAAAAUAUUCAUCCUCAUCCCCACAUAUUGUAUUAAGACUGGUUUGUUUGUUGCCCUGCCUUUGUUGUCACUGCCCAGUGAAAACCAUGAUUUUCACUACAUUUACAGAAAAGUUGAAGGGUUCCACUUUGUCUUACAAGGUGAGAAAACUCUCCUACCACUUGUAUAUAUUGUAAAGCUCUGCCGAUAUUUAAACAUACAUUGUUACUAAGGUUCAGACUGAGACAUGUCAAAGCUAUGUGGUUUUCAGUGAGCAGUGAUAAUGAAAGAAAAGAACACUUAAUAUAUUUUUAUUGUGGGGGAAAUGUUUUGUAUCAGGGGUUUGCCUUUUGAAAUCCAGGCUGACUCAUAAACUCACAGCCCCUUUUUAAAAGAGGAUGUUGAGAGUAAAACGUAGCACUUAGGAGAAAGGCCUUAUAAAUCUAGAGGCAGAAAAACACUCCGAAAUGAACUCAUCCCAAGUUGUUCUGAUACACAUAUGAAGUCACAUUUGCAGUAUUUUUGUGACCAGAUUUGGCUCUGGCUUCAAAAUAACCCUUAAAGGAUGAAAUGUCGGUCAGAGGAAGCUUUAAACAGACAGAUGGUUUGCUUGUGUGUAAAUCCUCAGCAACAUGCGAACUUGGCCUGUUUCUGCUGAUCACUCUGUUCUUACUAACUGUGCUAUGAGGCCUUGUAGACUAAAACACGUGUUUAUUUCCUGGAUUAUUUUGUAGAUAUGACAGCUGAUUUUUUUAAAAAGAAAGAUGAUGAUAAUGGACUGGUCAGAUAGUGUAAUAAAAUUUUGUCAAAGUACA